AUGUCCUUCUCGUUUGGUUUCAGCGGCGACGAUAUUGACGAUGAAGGCGGAAUUCAUGACCAAGACACCCUCGUCGGCGAUAUAUCAAAAUACAGCAUCGCGGACGCCAAUCAUGAGGAGUCUCAUACAAUCGAGCCGCGGAGACAUUCUCUAACGGAACUGCUGGCGUCCCUUCCAUCCCAGAUCUCAUACAAUACUCUGACCAUCCCGGCGCCAACACCGCCCACUGCACUCGCAGACUCGGAAUAUGAACAUGCGCCCUCGUCCACAAGUAUUCAUACCCAAAGCGACAGCAUCCAGGUCAUGCGUCGCUCUUUAUUCGACAUUCGAGCUCAGCUGAUGGCCGAAGCGGAUCCCGAAACCCACGACGACGAGGCCGACACGAUGCUCGCCGGCCUCGAGAACGGCGACUUGACCUCUGGCAUCUACGAGGGCGGGUUCAAGACGUGGGAAUGUGCACUCGAUCUGGCCUCGCUGGUCGGCACCCAACUUGUAGAUCUAGAUGCCAACCAGGACUGGCAAGUCAUCGAGCUCGGUGCCGGAAGUGCCAUCCCCAGCUUAGCGCUUCUACGAGCCUUUCUCACCCGCACCGGUCGACAAUCUCGAGACGGAAACUCCACAGCUGGAGACGCGCAACAGCUCGCACACUUCAAGUUCACGCUGUGUGACUACAACGAAGAGGUGCUGAGACUAUGCACCGCCCCGAACGUUCUGUUGAAUUAUCACUAUCACAACCUCCCCUCCGAGCACGAUGCGUCUCGGUCUGGGUUUCGACCUGACGGUCCAGGACCGGAGGAAGAAGGUGAGCUCGACGUUGAAGACCUAGGCGGCGCCGAGGCCUUCGUCUCCGAGACCUUGCAAGACAUGCAUGCCCGACGGCUAUCCUUUGCUUUCCUCUCCGGAGGCUGGGGCGAGUCUUUCCUGGAUCUGAUCCCUUCGCCGAAGCCAGAGCGGCCUACGAAUCUGUUAAUCCUAGCGUCCGAAACAAUCUACUCGCCAUCGUCUUCGAAAAUCUUUGUAGACAACCUCCUCCGCUUGCUUCGGCGACACCGCAGGGGAACGGCCAAGGCAUGGGUCGCGGCCAAGAAAGUCUACUUCGGUGUCGGCGGCGGAGUGGAUGAGUUCGUGGCAGAUAUCGAGCACCGUGGCGGCCGGAGCAAGAUCUUACUCGAAACAAAAGAUACGGGCGUUGGGAGGGUAGUUAUGGAAGUCACCAUAUGA